AUGCCGGCAAUGGCCAACAGGUUCCCGCCGCCAUCACUAUCGUCCCCUUCAGCGUUGCCGAUCGAACCACCGCAGUCGACAUUGUCCUCGCGCACAAUCUCACCAUCACCGUCAUCGUUAUCCGGUGCGGGAGUGGCACCACAGGCAGAAAUCUCAAGGCCUCAACCGGUAGCGGUUACAAGCCGUGCGGGUACGGUGGUUUGCGGCCUAAUUGGAAAGUUUGAAUGCACCAGGUCCGACACUGCUGACGUCAAAGUGACAGCAAACAGUUGUCGAGCGAGCGAUAACGCCCUUAUCACUUCUAGGGGCUGUCCCAUCACUUGCAGAUCGAGCCCGACGUGGGGUACGGGCGAAACCGAGGAGUUUGUCGGGUUCCGGGAGAUUGUGACCGGUAACCGUAACGAAUGUUCUGAUAAGACAACCACCACCACCACAAUGGGCGUCGGUGGGACGGGCGGUCGGCUAGGGCAAUGUUCCGGAGAAAUGGUGAACUCAGAAAUGGAUGCCUGUGUACAUAGAACCCGGGAGCGCCAACGAAAAACGGUCGUCUACAGUCGGCUUUGUUUGGACGAUGCGCUGCUGGACGAUGUUGGACUGUUGGAAUCGGAUGCCCACAAGACAAAUGCUUCGACAGGGCAACAUGAGCCAACUGAUGCCACUGGGCAGUCCGUGCGACGGUCGACGGGACAGGCGGAAGUGAUCCGUUUUCCGUGCGUAGAACGACUGAUCGAACUGUACGCAAACAUCAUCCGCCAGAAGGAGGCUGAAGUGCAAAGAUUUAUGAGCAGUAUUGUAAGGAACGGUGAUAAAAGACGAUUAGAUAAGGCCUUGUCAUCGUCGGCGGACGGACGGCGGAGACGUGCUACGGAGGACGGGUCGCACGGGAGCAAAUUACAGCAAGGUGACAUACGCAAGGAACCCUCGCUACCUGCGUCAGUAUCGCUGGAAUCGUUGUCACGUACGAAGACGUUACAGGCUACAGAUUUGGUGGGUGACCGCAUGCGCACCAGUUCGGUACAGUCCAUCGACGAGGUGGUACGCGCAGGUCGCACGAAAGAAAGCUCCAGCCCGGCCCAAUCGGAUGAAGGUUGGCGAAGCAGCACUCAGCCCAGCUCGUACGGUUCUAGCGACGAAGAGGAACGUCCGGUGCAGGUGGAAGAAGAACCACGCGCAGAAAACAUGAAGAAUCGCGACAAGGUAACACGUUCGUCCAGCUCGGAUUCCGCCCUCGGUCUGGACGAUGAUCUCAGCCAGCAGGAACAGCAACAAAUGAUCGCUACCGUGGGCAAGGUACGGCGACUUACACUCGGUGUGUCCGAUAUUCCACUCCGUUCGGCGCUACUGCCAGUGCCGGAGCCAUCCACAUUACCCAGCUUAACGACGGUAACUUCCGAUCACUGUCCUACGGUAGUUCGCAGCAAGAUGAUUCUAGAGGCACAACUCAUCGAAUUACCCUUGGUAGACGGUAACGGUGGAUCGUCGGACCAAUCGGGCCAACAGCAGCUCGGUUGUCCACCGAGCAACUCCGUCUCGCGGCGCGAAUCCGCCCAAAGCUACAUCAGUGAUCUAGGCGAAGGUGUACGCUACGUCCGAACACCGUCAGUAGUCGUUUCGGACUAUUCGGACGACACCAUGUGUGGCAUUACGUUGGAGGAAAUUGAGUACUUCCGACGGCACAGGUUACGCCGUGGCUCAGCCGACUGCGAGUCGGACAUCAGUGCGGCCUCAUCGUGCAGCAAUCUGAACUACUGCGGUUCGUCCAUCAGUGCGCUGGAUGGAUGCGAGUACCAGUGUGGACUGAGAACUCCCGAGCGCAAGGUGUCCGAUUGCUCCACCUGUUCCACGGUCAGCUGUGAGGAAGAUGAAGGCUACUCAGUGGUUCGUUCCAAACUUGCCAGCCUAAGCCUCCCAUCUAACCCGGUCCCGGAGGAGCCGGAAAGUUCCCCGAAGGCGGGAGAACCACCGGUUAUCAGUUCACCGCACGUCAAUCGGUUAGACAAUGCUGGUGCAGCGACUGAGGACACUUCCACUGAGACGGGAGACGUUCGGGUGUGCAGCAAAAAGAAGGUUAGUCACGAAUCGGAGCAUUCUGGAUAA